AUGGAGUCGGCUACAUUGCCCGGUACAAGGCCGCCAUCGUCUUCCUUACUUCGACAAGGAUGGUCCCGACUACUAUCCCCAUCAAACGCGUCUCCAGUAGCGCCCGCUACCAGCCCCUCGCACCAGACAAACCAACGAUACGACUCCGCCGAAGACCCCACCGCAUAUCGUACCACGGCUCUGCGCCAGCCGAACAGUUCCCCAAGGCCUGCAUCCCGACCCGUCCCAGUUGAUAAUCCCUCCCGGCACUCCUCGUCACCUACGCGCCCAGUGCUUGUCAGGGCGUAUUCAGGCGAUGCGCAGGAUAGACCUACAACACAACCUCCUAUGUCCGCGCGUCGGUUCCUCUCGUUCUCCGGCUCGAGGACCUCGGCUCCGCCCCGUCCCUCUCAGUCCGAUGUCAUCUUCCCGACGGAUAAGGACUUCAGCAUCGAGAGUAUACUGCAGGCUAUCGAGCCUGAUAUCCGUGGCACGUUAGACUCGAUCGCUGAGAUCUGCGGGCGGAGCAAGCUGAGUCUUUCCAAUGAGUAUGGGAGUCACAUCGCGCCUUUAGGUGAGAUUUGUGCUCCGUCGGGCGCGCUGGGACCUGUUGAGGAGGACGGGCCUAAUGAGGAACGGCGUGUGGAUGACAGUAACGCGGUGGUCGUCGACGAUGAGGCCAGUGCGAUUGAUCCGGCUCGGGAUAUGCAUCCGUUCUCGUUUCAUCGGUAUCUGGAAAACCUGCGGCAGACUGCGUCUAUGCAGGGACAGAAUGGCACAUCCGGCCAAAUCACUCAGGGACAACCUCCGCUAUCUCCGGGUAUGGAGUCUGAGGCUGGAACUGUCUUGGCUAUUGCCCCGGAGACUAUACCCUCGAGCCCUUUCACGCGCGAAUUCGCAUCGAAACCGAAGCAUAGCGGAUGUGAUCUGCUGGCAAAGAAUGCUGCUGGCAGUGACCAACAGCAGUCGUCUCAAAUGGCCACUCCCGCUGUCGUCUCAGAGGUCCAUCUAGAGGCGAUUGCAAAUGAUGGGUCCUUCGCGGAAUCCAAUAUUAUCCCGCAAAUUGGUCUGGCUGGUGAUGCUUCACCCGCGGUAGGAAGCUCGGGUCGGGAAAUUAUCCAUUCCCUUCUUGGGUGGCUCAAGUGGACUGCCAGUAUCGCUGGGCCAGAAUCUAGCCCUGCUUUGCAGUCCGCGGAGAGUCGGCUACGAGCCAUGCUUGAUCGUUCAGGGAGUGAGGGUGCGCCCUCAUCUGUGCCUUGA